AUAUUCACGUAGGCGUGUUGCCCGGUUGCGUACAUCAUUGUAAUAUAAAGAUAAUAGCAAUAAUGAGCGGUUUUCACCGAAAAAUCUUCCGGUACCAUGUGACUUAAAUAGUCGAACCAUCGGGGAUAGGUCUCAUUUGGACAGAAGUACUGUUCGAGUUUCGUCCGCCAGACAAAACAUGAAGGGCUCUGCAGUUAUUGCGUCGUGCGUUUUGCUGGGUAUGGUCGCGUGGUCGCAGUGUUUGCCGUACGGCGAAUACCAACAGACACAGUCGUUAGGCGGCCACGGACUGCAGUCGUACAACGACGGCAACGGCUACCCGCAACCGACGUACAACCAUCACGCACAGGCGCAGGAGGAACACGAGGGCCAACACGAGCCGGUGCACUAUUCGUUCCACUACGACGUGCACGACCCGCACACGGGCGACGUGAAGAGCCAGCACGAGACGAGGACAGGCGACGUGGUCACGGGGUUCUACACGCUGGUGGAACCGGACGGCACCAUCCGGACGGUGAAGUAUACGGCGGACAAGCACCACGGGUUCAACGCCGUGGUGGACCGCAAGAAACCGAACUUCGAUGUCGGUACAUUCAACUAUCACCACCACCAACCACAACAACAACCACAACAACAACAUCAACAACAACAACAACACCAUUAUAAUUGACGACGUCCUGCGCAGCACACAAACACCACACGUGAGCGCACGCGCAAAGUGACUAUAUCCACCGCCUACAGUGAUUGUAUGUAAAUAAAGUGCCUGAACACUUAUAAUGAUAUAAAAAUAUGAAAAUAUUUAA